AUGUGGGCUGACGAAUGUAGUGGUGCAGCCUUCUUGAUCGGAGCCACGAGUGGUGCAUCUGUGAUCAGUUAUGCCUUUCUGCUCCUCCACCAGCAUCCAGACAUACUGGAUGACCUUCGUACGGAGCACGGGCAGGUGUGCGGAUUAAACCGACAGUCCAUCCUCCUUGCAUUACAGAGUCGCCCUCGCCUGUUGAACGACUUGAAGCUAACCCACGCAGUGUUGAAGGAGACGCUCAGGCUCUUUCCGAUGGGCCCUGUUCUGCGCAAGUGUCCUAGCGAGAUGAUUGAAUAUGAGGGCAGGACAUAUGAUAUUCGGAAUCAUAUCGUCGCCAUUUCGCACAACUCCCUCCAUCGCCGCCCCGACCUUUUCCCCGACCCCGAUGCUUUCAAUCCGUAUCGGUUUCUGCCCGGUGCCGUCAUUCCCAUCCCCGCGGACGCCUGGCGCCCAUUCGAAAAGGGGAACGGAUACUGCGUGGGACAGGAGCUGGCUAUGAUCCAAAUGAAGGUCAUGUUGCUGUUGACUUUAACUGAGUUCGAUUUCCAGCCAAAGUACGCGCGAAAGGCUGCUAGGGGCCCAGAUAUCUACGGCGGAUACGCCUACACGACCGGCUCAGGCAUCGGACCGACACCGGCUGGAGGACUACCUAUGCGUGUGGACAAACGAGCGAAGUGA